AUUUCAUUCGGUUUGGAACACUGUGAACAAAUAAAUUUGUGAGAAAUGAAUUUCCUGGUUAUAUUUGUUAUAAUUGUAAAUGCGAGUGCAGGAGGUUGUGCCACAUAUAGCCAUUUGGAUGCGUUAAGCUCAAUGAUACAACUUUUGAAAGGUCAAUUGAAAAUGGCCGAAAUGGUAACGGAAAUGGGUUGUAUCAAUGCAAAAUAUCCCCAUGGUGGCGGCGGCAAAGUUUUACAUGGUUGCACUGCAAUUGGCAAUCCCAAAUGUGUUGAAUAUUUACUAAAGAAUGGCGCGGACUAUCAAUUUAUAGACGAUCGCAAGUAUAAGGCAUUAGAUUAUGCCAAAAUGUUUGCAUCACUUCAAAAAGAUGAUUAUGAUAGAGUUUUUAAAAUUGACUAUAAAAGCGUCGCUGAAAUACUCGAAAAAGUUGAAUCAUCGAAUAGUACAGAUUACGUCGUAGCCAAAGGAUGCUAUUUAAAUAACACAGAAUGGGAAGAAAUCAUGAGAGAAGCUUUCAAGGGAUAUUUCAAAGAAGCAAUUGAAGGUGGUAUAAAUCGUUUGGUCAUUCAUCCAAUUCACAAAGGAGGAGGGACUUUUCUUCACAAUUGUGCUAGUGCUAAUUUUUAUACAUGCGCCAAAGUGCUAUUGGAAAAUGGAAUUGAUGUCGAUAUUCAAGAUGAUGAUGGAAAAAAGGCAUUGGAUAUCGCAAGAAGAAAAGGUUACACGGAAAUUGCUGAUUUAAUAGUGAGAAAAAAUAAUAUUGAGACAUCAACUGAUACUGAACAGUCAACCGAAUUCAUUAGUGAAUAUCGAGUCGAUUCAGAACAGAAUAUCUUGUAACUCUCUUAGGCAUUUAAUAAUUGGUCAUAGUUUAAUUUAGAACAUUUCAAAUAAAACCGGUUUUAACUAUUGGAACAAAAUCCAAUCAAAUGAGAGGCAAAACAUUGUAUUUUUUUUUCGUAAUUAUCAAUAUCAGGUCGAAAAUCAAUGA